CAUAUAGACAAUCUCACACUAAACCCGUUACAAACACAACUGACAAAACGAAUCAACACAUUCAACGGUCAGGAUCCACGAACCUCCAUUGCCGUUAGUUGCUCCUUUCUCUCUCCUACUCUCUGUGUUAUCCCGCACAACACGGCUCUCUUUUCCCCUUUCUCUCGUCUUUCCGUUCUCUCUCUUUCCAGAACUUUCACCUCUUGUCUCUUUUUCUACCUGAUUCAAAAUCGUUUCAAAAUUUACUUCGAAGACGUGUUUCUUUUCUCUCUCACUAAUCGGUUCCUGGAGCUCUAAAGAUCUUUUCUUUUCAAAGGGAAAUUCGAAGCAGAUUGAUUUCUCCACUCUGUUCGACUUAUCUUCCCUUUGUUGAUUUUCUAUUUGCAGUUUCAUGCAUUAUUUGUUGGCUGCGAUUGGAAAUGUGAAGAGAUCGAGAAGUUGAAGAUAUUAAGAGUUCCGUGGAAUGGAUAGUUCAGAGACAUAAAAUUUCAGAAUUUUUUGGACUCUUGGUUUUUGGAAAGCAAUCUAAGCUUUCAAAAUUUCUUAUUAUUGCUUAAUUAUCACCAUUUGGCUGUUUAAUUUCGUCGAUUAAGGAGAAGAAGCGGAUACCAUGGAGACCCUUCUAGGCUCAGUUAUGUCAAAAUAUCAAUCGCUAUCCACAUCUGAUCACGCUUCUGUGAUCUCUAUGAACUUAUUUGUGACGCUUCUCUGCGCUUGUAUUGUGAUUGGUCAUCUUCUAGAGGAGAAUCGAUGGAUGAAUGAGUCCAUUACAGCCCUUCUCAUUGGUUUAUGCACUGGGGUUGUUAUUCUGCUGAUUAGUGGUGGAAGAAGCUCGCAUCUUUUAGUCUUCAGCGAGGAUCUUUUCUUUAUAUAUCUUCUGCCGCCUAUUAUAUUUAAUGCGGGGUUUCAGGUGAAAAAGAAGCAAUUCUUUCGUAAUUUCAUCACUAUCAUGCUAUUUGGUGCUAUUGGCACAUUAAUAUCCUGUUUCAUCAUAUCUUUAGGUGCUACACAAAUCUUUAAGAGAAUGGAUAUUGGUCAGCUGGAUAUAGGGGAUUAUCUAGCAAUUGGCGCAAUAUUUGCAGCAACAGAUUCAGUUUGCACAUUGCAGGUGCUUAAUCAGGAUGAGACACCCUUACUAUAUAGUUUAGUAUUUGGAGAGGGUGUUGUAAAUGAUGCGACAUCAGUAGUGCUUUUCAAUGCAAUCCAGAGCUUUGAUCUCACUAAUAUCAAUUCCAGAAUUGCAUGGCAGUUUCUUUGCAACUUCUUAUAUUUAUUUGUCACAAGCACUAUGCUGGGAGUUUUUACAGGGCUGCUUAGUGCUUACAUCAUCAAAAAGUUAUAUUUUGGCAGGCACUCAACAGAUCGUGAGUUUGCUCUCAUGAUGCUCAUGGCAUACCUUUCAUAUAUGUUAGCUGAACUGUUCUAUUUGAGUGGCAUUCUCACAGUAUUUUUCUGUGGGAUUGUGAUGUCCCAUUACACCUGGCACAAUGUGACUGAGAGUUCAAGAGUCACUACCAAGCAUGCUUUUGCAACAAUGUCAUUUGUUGCUGAGAUUUUUAUCUUUCUUUAUGUUGGUAUGGAUGCCUUGGAUAUUGAAAAGUGGAGAUUUGUCAGUGACAGCCCUGGAACUUCAGUUGCAGUUAGUUCAGUAUUACUUGCACUUGUUAUGAUUGGAAGAGCAGCUUUUGUUUUCCCCUUAUCCUUCAUAUCCAACUUAUCUAGGAAAUCACAGACUGAGAAGAUCAGCUUCAAGCAGCAAAUUGUGAUCUGGUGGGCUGGUCUAAUGAGAGGUGCAGUUUCAAUGGCACUUGCAUAUAAUAAGUUUACAAGCUUGGGCCAUACUCAUUUGCGAGGGAAUGCCAUAAUGAUUACCAGCACCAUAACUGUUGUUCUUUUCAGUACUGUGGUGUUCGGUAUGAUGACUAAACCACUGAUAAGAUUUCUGCUGCCGCAUCCAAAACACCAACAAACAAGCACUGCAAUAUCAUCAGAUUCAAAUACUCCAAAAUCGUUUACACUGCCCCUUCUUGGAGAAACUCAGGACUCCUUGGAUGAUCUCGGUGGUCAUGAUAUUCCUCGUCCAAGCAGCAUACGUGCACUGCUGACCACCCCUGCACACACUGUGCAUUACUACUGGCGCAAGUUUGAUGAUGCAUUCAUGCGUCCUGUAUUUGGUGGUCGGGGUUUUGUUCCCUUUGUUCCCGGCUCCCCAACAGAUCAGAGUACCCACAAUCAAUGGCAAUAAAAAGACAAGGUGUAAAAAUAUGUAAAGUGAUUAGCUUAUUGAAGACAAUGAAGGAAGACAGUAUCUUUGAACCUUCCGAUAAAAAUUUUGGCCAGAUUUUAGCAUUAUAGUUAGUUUGUGUAUCAUACAGCGGCUAUUGCCUCCUUUGUCAUUCUAUUACCUGUAUAAUCCUUGUCAAUUUCUUUAAUUUUGGUUUCCUCGUAAGACAUGAAUGUUUAAUUAAGUGAUGUUUGCAUUCUAUUGUAUAAUAGUUGAUUA